AUGACCGCGAGUUACCCCGCUGCGGCUGCGGCAGCGGCGCUCCCGGCCCGCCGCGGGUCACAGGGGUCCCCGCAACCCCCGGGCAGCCCCGCGCCCCUGCCCGCGCUGCACCGUGCGGGGACAGCCCGGCCCGGCCCAGCCCUGCGCGCCUUUGCCGCAGGCGGUCCCUGCCCGCUCCCGUCCCGGUGCGGGUGCGGUGCUGCGGCUCCCGGCUCCUCCCGAGGUACUCACCGCGCCGGGCUCCGCCAGCGCCGCCGUCCCUGCCCGCCACGGCGCCGAGCCCUCGCUGUCAGCCCAGCCCGAGCCCCGAGAGCUGCUGCGGUGUCCACCUGCGCCCGGCCCCGCUCAGCCUCGCCCCUGCUCGCCGCCCCGGGGCUUAUUUUCCAUUGGAGUGCGGCACUGGUCUGGGGCCCCCUGCCCCCCGGGCGGCUCGUCUUCUGCACCGCCUUGUCUCCAUUCCCUGCAAUUUCAAAUCUCCACGCUCUUUCAUUCCUGCGAUACCGGCUAAUUCUGGGAGAGCAAGGGCGUGGGCUCCCGGGGCGUUCAUUCAAGCCAGCUCUUAACUUCGCCCUGGUUGCAAAGUGGACUCUGGAGCUCCAGUGGCCAGUGGUGCCGGAGGCCCUGGCACAUGAUGGAGUGCCUCUGGCUGCCUCCGAUCCCGGGGCGGGGUCGUUGUCCCCCCGAUCCCAGUGCGAGAUCGGUGCUCCCCCCGAUCCCGGGGCGGGGUCGGUGUUCCCCUCAAUCCCGGGGCGGGGUCGGUGUCCCCCCGAUCCCAGUGCGGGAUCGGUGCUCCCCUCAAUCCCGGGGUGGGGUCGGUGUCCCCCCGAUCCCAGUGCGGGAUCGGUGCUCCCCUCAAUCCCGGGGUGGGGUCGGUGUCCCCCCGAUCCCAGUGCGGGGUCGGUGUCCCCUCGAUCCCGGAGCGGGGCCCCCUCAGGACGCGCGGAUCCAGCGGAGGCUCCGUGGCGGCCCCGCCCGCCCGCCAGGGGGCGCCUGGCGCAGCGGCCGCCUCAGGGGCUGGCGCGGGCGGUGCCGCGUCCCGGCCGUGUCCGCGCCGUGCGGGAGCCGGGAUCGGGAACACCGAUCGGGAACACCUUCAGCCCCGUUUCGUGCCGGACAUGGGCAGCACCUCCGUGGGGAACGCCCGGUGCCGAUGUGACAUGA